AUGGAACUUCAAGAACAAUUUAAGGAAUUAGAAGAUUAUUGGAAUGAUAUGGAAAUGACCGAAUCCGAAAUCAAAAAUUCAAAUGAUCAAAAUUCACUUUCAAAUGACAAAACAAAAGACGACAAAAGAAAUGGUGACAAAAUUAUUGAUAUAUCAAAAUGGAUGAACAGGUUUACGUUUGACAUAUUUCUGCAAUCAAUUACAAGGAAGAAAUCAUUUUCAAUGGCAGAUUAUUUUAAUCAAAUUACAAAGGAUGAAGAAAAGAGAUUAAAGGGAAUCGAAUGUCAUUUAAAUGAUAGCAAUCAAUUUAUUAAUAAAUUUAAAAAUAGUUUAUGGUUAUUAGAUCAGUUUAAUUUUGUAUUAAUUGGUUUACCCAAGUGGGUUGAAAAAUUUUUUCUAGUUUAUAAGUUAUAUAACAGAAAAUACUUUAAGGAUUAUUGGUGGCUUUAUGAAACGUUAUUAAAAAUUGUACAAACACGUCGAUUCGAAAUUUCAAGUUCACCGAAAGAACCAGAUUUAAAGGUCGAUUUAUUAACCUCAUUAAUUAAUUUUGGAACUUCACAUCCAACCGGCAUGAAAAGUGGAAACGAACGCACGUUAACAGAUGAUGAAAUCGUUUUCAUCAUGAAGAAUAUAAUACAUGGAGGAAUAGACAAGGCAAGGACCUUCCCACCCCCUUAA